AUGACAGCAGUCAUGACGGCUGUUCCCUCGGAGCCGGCCAAGGCCUAUGAGGCGCUGUGCGAGCGAUUGAAGGAGAUCAGCUCCCUUAACGGCAUCAGCGGACUCCUGGAUUGGGACGAGAUGGUAAUGAUGCCCCCGGGAGCGGCGGCCAGCCGUGGAUCACAAAAGGCCGUACUGGCGGGCGUGUUGUACGACAAGGAGACCGAUCCGCAGUUGGGCGCGCUUCUGGACUCCCUCAAGGCUGCUCCCCCGGGGACCCUGGACGAGGUGCAGGCUGCCGUGGUUCGUGAUGCCGCCCGGGAGUACGUGAAGCGUACGGCACUGCCGAAGGAACUCGCCCAGCGCAUCGCGAAGCUAAAAAGCGAGGCCUAUGGGGCGUGGGUGAAGGCCAGGACGGAAAGUGACUUCUCCGUGUUCGCGCCUUUCUUGAAACAGUGGAUCGAGAUUAGCAAGGAGAAGGCCAAGCUCAUCGACCCCACCAAGCCAGUGUACGACGUGCUGUUGGACGAUUACGAGAAGGGCGCCACGUCAGCUCGCCUGGACGAGGUGUUCACGCAGGUUCGCGAGGGACUGGUACCCCUGAUCGCCGCCAUCAAGUCCCGGGGACGGAGGAUUGAGAGCGGUUGGCUGAAUGGUGGAGAGUACGACACGGAAAAACAGGCCGAGCUUUGCAAGAAGAAGGACAACGUGGUGGAGGGGCUCACGGGCGCCAUUCACGAGACGGGCCACGCAUUGUACGAGCAAGGCCGUAACCUGGAGUACGACGGUCUCCCGGUCAACUCUGCCCUGUCUAUGGGUGUGCAUGAGAGUCAGUCGCUGCUGUGGGAGAGGAUGGUGGGGCUGUCGAGACCCUUCGCCGCGUACUUGCUGCCCAUGCUGCAGGAGCGCUUCCCGGAAUCAUUUGGCUCCGUAACCGCGGAGCAGCUGUACGAGUCGGAGAACGUGAUCCAGGAGCCGUCACUCAUUCGUGUGGAGGCGGACGAGGUGACGUACCCUCUUCACAUCAUCCUCCGCUACGAGCUUGAGAAAGGGCUGCUGGAGGGCGAGGUGGAAGUGGAGGACGUGCCCCGCCUGUGGAAUGAGCGAAUGGGCAGCUACCUAGGGGCCACACCGCCUAACGAUGCCACGGGCUGUCUGCAGGACAUCCAUUGGUCGAUGGGCGCCCUGGGCUACUUCCCCACCUACACCCUUGGGGCUAUGUACGCCACGCAGAUCUACGCAGCUGCGAAAAAAGAGAUUCCGGAUCUUGAAGACAAGAUUCGGGCGGGUGAAUUUAAGCCACUGAAGUCCUGGCUGAACGACAAAAUUCACAAGCUCGGUUCUCUCCACAAGAGCGGAGACGAGCUAAUGAUUGCGGCCACCGGAGCACCCCUAGAGCCGUCCGUGUUCCUAGACUACCUGCGUGACAAGUACAACGACCUGUAUAAGCUGUAGUGAUACACAACCAUACAGCGUGUGCGCAGAAAAAAGAGUAUUUGCGAUGAUGCUCCUUAUGAAUUUGUGUACUUCUUGGAGGCGUGUCUGAGAGAGAGAGAGGAAAGGACAGAGAAGCGAUGGAGACCCAGUUUUUCUGGCACUUUCCUGCCACCACAGCUUCACGAUACAAGUGUUAAGGGGGGAUGAAGUACGAACGAAAAUGGGGAUAUGUUUUUGAUGUUGGCACUACUGGUAACGCGCGACCAUUGCCCCCGGGAGGUCCCGGGAUCGAUACCCGUUAGGGUCAAAAAUCCUUCCGAUGGUGGAAGGCAUUGCGCCCCUAGUUGAUGGACGGUGGUGACCUGGGAUAAAGUUAACUUGCGAGCCGACCAGGAGUGGAGUUGGGCCGCUGUCGACCCGGCAGAUUCCGUUUGAUGCUGGUGGUGGGUGCGGAACCUGAGCGAUCCACUGAGAAGUUGACUAGGGUGACUGGAUGAGGGUGCCCCGAAAUACCGGGGAAGGCAUGGUUUCGCAGGGUAGCUGCCACGGGCGAAGAUAUACCCCCCUGUUUCACACAAGACGACGUUGGUUUGGAUGAUGAAAAUUUGUUACAGGUGGCCUGUGGUAUCGAAACUCACUAAAUAAUGAGUUUCGUUGGCCCACCUCAAAACUCUAGGAUGUCUGGACAGGGAAUUUGGUAUUUGCCUCCUUCUGAGGUGUUAAUUAGGUAACGGCGAAAGCUGAAGUGCCUCCUCACAACGGACUUCUGUCAAGGAACGCACAGUUAACCAUCUCUUUUCAACGUGCAACAUUGAAUUC